AUGGCGCUCUUACCUGAGUAUAUGGGAGCCGCUUCUCAGCCUCUUACCAACGAUGCCUCAAAGCUGAAAAGACAUGCAGCAUGCGAUGAGUGUAGGCACCGAAAGCUCAAAUGCUCUGGGGAACUGACAGGCUGCUUGCGAUGCACCAAGCAGUCACUAUCAUGCAACUAUUCUAUUCAAAAACAGAUGGGUCGACCGCCCAAGAAAAGGUUACGGACGGACGAUGAGGGGUUCGACUUUGCGGCGCAAUCGGGGGCUGACAUCUGGCUCAAUCCAGAGGAUUUGCAACAACUUUCAGCAGGGAUUACUUCCACAACAGGCGCAAUUCCGGAUUCUGAUCAUCUGUGCCCGGUGCUGUACUGGCGGCCUGGUUAUGAGAAUUCGCCACAGUCCCAGUCCGCAGAUACACCGUUGAGUCGCGACGACUACACCAACACAUGGCGGUCAGACCGUUUGAAACAGCCAAAUCUUUCUGUUUUCCCGACAUCAAGUCCUUGGCCAGAUUUCUCCACCGUCUCCGAAGCUACGGCCAUGCCAUUACCAUUCCCGAACCCUGCAGCUUUUGCUCCAAUGGGCCAUAUCCCGCUUUCCCCUUCCACGUCUAUUUCCUCCGACUCUUCGGCAUCUAGCUGUUCUUGUCUAGCAUCCCUCUAUCUUAACCUCAGUCAAAUGUCGUCCCUUCCUUCUUUCCCUGUUAGUGACGACACACUAUGCUCGUUGUAUAUCGCCGCACGAACAGCGCGAGACGUGAUACGCUGUGAUAUCUGUCCCAGGUCCUUUGCGACAGGCGUGCAGAAUACCAUGUUCAUAGGGACACUAUUGACAGUACUCGCGGAUGCGUGGAUGCGUGUUUCAAAGGCUGACGCUGCCAAGUUGGGGCCGGUGUGCGCGCCAGCAGAAUACGUUUCUCGGGUACUGCAAGGCCCCGACCCAGCACGCGCUUGGAAGAUAUGGCUUCACAAGAUAGUUCGCCGCGCUGUCAUUGGUGGUCCCAUAGAACCAGAAUCUACGACUGCUUGUUCUAGGCAGCCCGAUCUGCUGUCCAUGAUCACGGAAAUCGAGAAGCGGCAACGCCGCUGGCAUGAGCCCGGGCAACAUCCGCUUUUCGAGUCAGACUCAGCUCAGGCUCAGGGAUGGCCACAGCAUAACGGUGACCCCUGUGGCGAAAAUGAGUAUCUAUGUCUUCAAGUGGUUGGAAGUGCCAGAAAUGUGAUUGCGAAUUUCAACUUCGACGCCUCUGAUUAUCCGGAGGGUGUCGAGCCUGUCACUGCUGCUAACGCCGCCCGUUGA